UGUACUCGGCUCCUCCAUACCACAUCUCAAACCCCGUCACGAUGCCUUCAACUUCUCAGAGAAUCCGCAUUGUGCUCACCAAGCUAUAUAAGGACAUUGUUCUCGGAGGUCGAGGCAACCUGCCUGCUGACCACCAUGUGGGCAUCAGCGGCCUAGAGGAGGUCGAACAUGUGGUUGGGUUUGAUUUUGAGAAACUGGAUGAUGUGUUGUCUAAUCUUGGAUUAUCGCCUCCUGUUCAUUUUUGCCCUAUGAAUGCGUCAGAAUUGAAGGCGAAGUUCCCACUUGAUUAUGCGCAAGCGCGCGACUUCCGAGACUACGGUCAAGAGGAUGAUGUCGAGAACUGGGUGGCGUGCGCAGACAGAUGCCAUCAGAUUUUCACGCUCAUCGAAGAUCGUGCUACAAGAGAAGCAAUGGCUCAUCAAGGUCUGGAUAUUGUUGAGUGGCCAGAUAGUACCUUGUACCUGGAGGGACAGCUCGCAGGCCCUUACCCCUCUGCAGCAGGAGGUUGGUUUGAUGUUCCUUGCAUACUAGAGCCACAACCUGUCGAUGGAAAAGCCUUUCCUCAUCUUGCCCUUCAUCUCGUUGAUGAAAAGGAAGCUCGAGAGAAUUCAAUCCUUUUCUCCGAAUUUGCUGCAUUGAUUAUGGCUAUGCGAGGCAGGGUGAACCAGCGCAAGGUGGAUUCAGAAACGGAGCGGGAGGAACUCUACAACAACAAUGGCAAGGGUAAAGAGGAGUAUCCGUACCUUUUCCCUGAUGAAGAGUACUUUCCUGUGCUUCUCCUCUCCUAUGUCCGUCCUCAACACGCAAGGAUUUUUGCUGCGUCGGUCAACACACAUAAUGUGGCCAACAGCACGUUGCGCUCCUGGCGUGAUCUCAAGUCUGGAUCAGGCGUCACUCCGGAGCAGUACCUGUUGUACCGUGUCAUCCGGCCUCAAAUUGUGACACCGAGUUUCUUCAACCCUGCGCAGUUUGGCAUCACCAAUGCACUCCUCACUCAAGCGCAAGGCCUCCUGAGUCAGAGCCCUGCCUACAUGUUGUAUAUCUCCAAUUUCGGGAAUAACGACUGGACUGAUCCGGCUUUGGGGCCUUUCGGACCGGUUGUGAGACUCGAGUCGGAGGUGAGCAAGGGUUGGCGGAAUGACACAAGCCCGCAGGGAACAGAUGAGGAUACAGUGAACUCCACCUUCAUCGAAUUUCUCAACGCUCUGACUUCCAUUAUUCCCGCGGUGCAAUCCUGGUGGAGGACCUACAAAAAGGAACUGAUCUUCGAUCGGGGCAAGCGAGGCAAUAAAGUCUCCCACGGUUAUUCGACCAGGACAGACGGGCAACUCGAGGACAUGCAAACCGAGGAAAUUAAGAUUCCGGUCGAGUGCAAGGGUUUCCUCAGGGGUCCAAAUAAUCAGAGGAUAGCCAUGCAAGAGGUCUCCGAACUUGUCGCCUGGAUCAAACAGUGUCCUGAUGGCCCAAACUCUGCCGUCGUGCGCUAUCGCCCGCUAGUGUCCCGUGAUGGAAACCAGAUUUUCAUAAGCUUCUUGGAAUAUGGGCCUGCAUGGGUUGAUUACCUCCGGCGCAGCCGAAAAUCAAAUGCCGCCUUUGCAACGCUGCAUUCCUACGGUCCCUACAAGACUACCCUUGUCGGACAUACGGCCAAGCUUGCAGAACUCAUUGUGGCCAUGUCUUUACUUUAUUGA